AUUCUUCAUCGCUCGAUCGCCUAAGUUCGGCCGGUGUACUUAAACAUUAACCAGAUUAUUCCCUUACCUUUCUCUGCCACUAAAGUGGUCCAGCUCGCGAUAGGCAUGGAUCUUGCACUUUCUCCCUUGGAAGUUGUCAAGCGUUAUGUGGCCAAUUUUGAGAGGAAGCAGCGAAACCUAGCCAAACGCAAAAGCAAGCUCGAUCAGUACCGUGACAAACUUGCGAAAGGCGAGUCGUUGAACGAGGAACAGAAGAAAGCUGUGGAGGAUUAUGACUGCGUCGUGCAUAAUAUAAACAUGUUGCAUGAAAUUAUAGCACAAUCCAAGGAACUUGUCGAUGAUGUUGAGGAGGCUGUUAAAAACGAGGAAUCGCGAAUUCAACUGUCGCACGAGCAACACACGAUAUCCUUUCUCCAUAUGCACGUAUGCUUAAUGCGUCUAUUGACUUCCUUGGACUCCGAUGAGGUUAGGUCGGCAGUUCUCAAGUCAACAUCUGAGAACCAUCUCAAAAUGCUGGACACUGUUCGUAAUCUCGUUACUGCUCCAGUGCUUGACCAUUGGCCAGGGACUACACCUGCUAGUUUGGCUUCCGCUCCAGCAUUCGUCCAUGAUCACCCUGAGGUAAAAUCAGCUGCGCUUCAUGCUUAUCACUUAAGUACGGGUCGGCCGACCCCAAUUCCAACACCUGAGAAUUACGAUGGUCCACCGAAGAAACUGAAUUUCAAAGAGGCUCGUGCGCUGUGUCUUCGUCUUUUGGCGACGCCUCCGGUGAUCCGUUCGUUGGGGUUACGAACCCGAACAUGUUCUUCCACUUCGGUAUCUGAAGCUCCUAAGCUUGAGCAUACGACUGAGUCGGCGAAUCUGAACAAAUCAUCACGCGCAGUUUAUCACGACAAUUCGCACCCUGUCAACCAGGAGACAACGGUCCAGGAUGUCGGCGCCCAUUUUCACACCUCGCCAAAGGAUCUCGAGCAAGUUAAUGUCGUCCCAAUGCCCGUUAUUUUGGACCAGGUUAUUAAACCUUUAGGAGGCACCUUUAAUUUCCUCCAGGCAUCCAGCAUUAUUACGGCUACAGAUUCUGUAUCUGGAACUCCGCAAACGCUGGCACCUACAUCUUACCCCUCCAGCGAUAUGCAGCCUGACUCCAAUUUCACCCCGGUGCUUGAUCUUGCGGAAACUCUUGAACACGCCGCUCCUAUUCCGGACGAACGUUGUUCACCCCCACCACACACACUCAAUAGUGCAGUUGCAGAUGACGUGAAUCCCACAGCGGCCAACGUGUUGCACACAAUCCAUGCCAACGACUCGCUUGAUUCGCAUCAUAAAUUGGAAACUUCGCCUGCAGAACCGUCUAAACCCGUCUCGUAUGCCGACUUGGUUCGCAGACUGAAUCACACCCGCCCUUCGACCAAUCUUCGGGGAAAAGCUGGUGAUGCAGCCUCCGAGACGCGUCUGUCAAGAGGCUUACUGGGGCAGCCCAGCGCUUACGACUCUAUGGAUCAUGAAAAUGAACAACUAGGCACUGGUGAUUCACCUCACAUACCACCAGCAUCAUUUGGCAGAUAUUCGAAUGAUUCUCGGGGUGGUAGAAUGAUCGGCCGGCCACCAUCACGCGGUAACUACAAUGGGCCCGUGCGGCGUCCCGUUGGUGGUGGUCCUCGUUCAAUCCGGUUCGCAGGUGCUCCUGGUCGUGGUGGUGGGACCACUUUCCGUGGUACUUCCGCAGGAGUGGCACAACCUUCCUGUUGAUUGACACUAGCCAUGGCAUCCACCAUUGUUGCCUUGUUUCCGUUGCUUUUCUUGCUGGUUCGUUAAACUCAUUAUUCCAGAAUCACCGCUGUGUAAAAUAUCUAAGUUAAGACUAUUGUUUCAGCUUGUAGGAGUCCAUUUUACCCUCCGAAAUCGGAUUAAACUGCAUCUUGGUAUGCUACUUAGCUUUGCGGAUUAUUCUCACCGUUUAAUUCGCUCUUCGAUAUUGUUCCUCUUCUCCGAAAAAAACAAACAUUUAUUGCGGCUUUUACUGGUUCAUCGGAUAGUGCUUCGUUUUUCACCAAUAUACCGUUGGUUUUG